CAAACCUGAGGGAACUGAUUCUGGAUCAGUAUCCUUACUUUGGGAAUUUCCUGAGAGAUGUCUGGAAGAACCCACAGGGAUUGUUGUUCAUAUUCGAUGGUUUGGAUGAAUUCAAACACAGAAUCUAUUUUGCAGACAAAUGGAGAGGUACAGAACCUAAGCACCAGUGUCCAGAUCCCGAGUGCUGGUGUGAAGUGUCUGACAUUGUGUACAGUUUAAUCCAGGGCAAGCUGCUCCCAGGGUGUUCAGUGCUGGUGACCACACGCCCCACUGCGUUACAGUUAUUGGAAAAGGCAGAUAUCAGGGUCUGGGCAGAAAUCCUGGGAUUUGCUGGUGAGCAAUGGAAGGAAUAUUUCAUGAAGCAUUUUGAUGAUCAGACGGUGGCGGCAGCUGUUUUCAAACACGUGAAGGAGAACGAGAUCCUGUAUACCAUGAGCUACAACCCCUCCUACUGCUGGAUCCUCGCACUUGCACUCGGCCCUUUCUUCACACAAAGAGGCAGGGACCCACAGCAAAUUCCCAAGACCAUCACCCAACUGUAUUCCUACUAUAUUUACAGCAUCCUGAAAAACCACAGCCGUGAGAUUGAGAACCCCCGUGAUGUGUUACUCAGGGUUGGUCAGAUGGCCUUCAGAGGAGUGUCCGAUAAGAGAACUGUGUUUACAGAUGGAGAUUUGAACAACUACAAUCUGCAGCCAUUCCAGUUUCUGUCUGGGUUCCUGAUGGAGCUUUUGGGGAGAGAGGAUUCUGCCCAGUGCGUGGUGUACACAUUCCCACACCUCACCAUCCAAGAGUUUGCAGCUGCAGUCGCACAAUUCCUGACUAUACAUCCCGAGGAUAUCCUGAAAUUCCUCACUGAAGUCCACAACACGACAGAUGGGCGAUUCGAGGUAUUUCUCCGUUUUGUUGCUGGUCUCUCCUCCCCAGUGACAGCUCGAGGUCUGGAGGAGUUUCUGGGUCCAUUUCCUCAUGAAACAACCUGCCGGGUGAUGGACUGGGUGAAGGAGGAGGUUAAACGCCAGAGUGAAAACACAUCGAGUGAAGCUGGUAAAAGGAGGCUCCUGAACACAUUUCACUACCUGUUUGAGUCUCAGAAUCGUGAACUGACUCAGACCGCACUGGGAUCUGUGGAAGAACUUUCAUUCAGUGGAAUGACACUGAUCCCAGUUAACUGCGCGGUCCUGUCUCAUGUUGUCAAACUCUGUGAUACAAUAAAACGUCUCGACCUGUCGUACUGCCACAUUUUGUGUGAAGGAAUCCAGCAGCUGGGACCCUGGCUGCACAAGUUCCAGUUUAGUCUUGAGCGGAAUGACCUGGGAGAUUCAGGAGUGAAACUGGUGUCUGCGGCUCUUGGGAACCCGGAGUGUAAAAUACAGACACUGAAUCUGAACCAUGUCGAACUUACAGAUUCUGGUGCUGAGGAUCUCGCCUCCGCUCUCAGUACAAACCGAUCACUGAUAGAGCUGGACCUGGGAUGGAACCCGCUCACAGACCAGUCUGUCCCCGCUCUCCGCCGGCUCAUACUGACCCACCCGAGUCUGGAGCAGAUCAUGCUGGCGGUGAAUAAUUUCAGUGGGACUGGGGAGAAUGAACUGGAGUCUCUACAGGAGUCUAGACCCGGACUGAGAGUGUACCUGUAAACGUCUGAAUGUGUGAAUAUACCCGUCCACAAGAUGGAGACAAUUUGGCCGAUAACCCCCCACCCCCCUUUAACUCCCGCCCUUAUCUUUCCGCACUCCAGAAGCAACUCGCAAGGGUUCAGAAAUGACCCUGGAUCUGCGGUGAUCUGGGACACGGCCCUGAAGUGUGAUUUGAUAAUCAUCAGUUCCGUGAUGCAGAGUGACAGUGAGAAACGGGACUGAUUAUUCAAACUGCCCCUGGUUGUCGCCGGUCAGUUAAUUGUGUGUGACUGUGAGUGAGUCGGGAGCAACUCAUUUAUUCCCGCACGUCAGCAGCUCACAAAUCGUUUAAUUUACAUUUGUCGAUGAAAUCAAUAAACCACUGUA